AUGACGACAUUGUUGGACGCUCUUCGCCAGACCAGUCGAGUUGACUGCGAUACUCUUGAUUCGAAUGUCGCUCAUGAGUUAGGUCCCUUUGUGGAUUGCACAUCUAACCAGGCAAUCGCAUUCUCGGAGAUCUCGAGACCGCUUGCUGGAGAACCCCUUUUGCAUCACGAUGCGCUGAUCAGAGAGGCCAUUCAAAGUGCCCGUGGGGCACUGAAGGACUUGCAAGGGUCCGCGACGUUUGAGGAGUUUGUUGUACAGAUCUUGAUGGUAAAACUUCAACUAUUGAUCGUACCUAAUGUUACAGGCUACGUGCAUAUUCAGACCAACCCAAAGCUGUCCUACUCAACCAACGGUACCAUUAGUGACGCCUACCGUAUCGUGAAUAUCUUUAAACACCUGGCGCCGGACUUCGACGAGAAGAGGGUGUGCAUCAAGAUCCCCGCAACUUGGGAAGGUCUUCAGGCAUGUCGAACACUUGAGAUGAAAGGAAUCGCGACUCUUGCGACUACCAUGUUUUGCAUGGAGCAAGCGGCAUUGGCUGCCGAGGCCCAGUGUACAUACAUCGCACCAUAUGUCAAUGAGCUCAAAGUUCAUUUUGAAGCUGGAUACGUUGACGAAAACAAAGCCUUUGAGUUUUGUCGCGAAGCACAAGCCUACUACAUUAGCCAUUCAUUCCGCACACAAGUGUUGGCAGCAUCACUCACAUCUGUGGAUGAAGUGAUGCAGCUUGCCGGGAUACAACAUGUCACGAUUUCACCGAACUUGCUCAAUGAACUCGCUGCUGACUUGUCGACCUGGAAUGGCACACUGGGCGAAUACUUCGCGCAAGGCCCUGCGAAGAAGAGCUGGGAAACGAAAGACUACAAUGCCCUGGUUAGGGAUGAAAGCUCAUGGAGAAUGGCUUUCACCAGAAGUGGCUUUGGUACGAGUGAAGGUAAGAUUAUCCAGGCCAUUAACUACUUCGCCGACUUCCAAGACAAGCUCGAGGGACUUGUGAAGCAGCAUGCUGGGUGAUUCUGGACGCAUCAGUCCGUCAAGUUGGUCUUGCAACAUCCGAUACCGAAAUUGGACAAAAGAAGCAUCUUACAAUACCA